AGGGCGCACCGCGAGAUCAACGUGCCCAGGGCCCUAGUGGACAUUCUGAGGCACCAGGCCGGGCCUGGGACCCGCCCAGACCGGACCAGAAGCAGCUCCCUGACCCCAGGAGCUGGGGGUCCCGACAGCAUGGCACCCAGGACGCCCAAGAACCUCUACAACACCGUGAAGUCCUCUAAUCUAGAGAACCUGCACCACAACUACCUGCACCUCAACCUCAACAGCCCCAAGCAUCACGCCACUGCCACGCUGGACUGGCGAGCCGCGCCCCCACCCAGCCCACCGCUGCAUUACUCCACGCUGUCCUGCUCACGGUCCUUCCACAACCUCUCGCAUCUGCCUCCGUCCUACGAGGCCGCAGUCAAGUCUGAGCUCAACCGCUACUCCUCACUGAAAAGGCUGGCAGAGAAAGACCUAGACGAGGCGUACCUGAAGCGCUCGCACCUGGCGGAGAUGCCCCGCGGGACGCUGCCCCUGCACGCGCUGCGCAGGCCCGGCACCGGCGGCGGCUACCGCCUGGACGCCUGGGCGGGCCCGGAGGAGCUGAGCCUGGCGCCCGCGCCCCACCCGCGGCGCGUCAUGUCCCAGGAGCACCUGCUGGGCGACGGCGGCCGCGCCUCGCGCUACGAGUUCACGCUGCCGCGCGCGCGCCUGGUGUCGCAGGAGCACCUGGUGCUGUCCUCGCCCGACGCCCUGCGCCAGAGCCGCGAGCACCUGCUGUCGCCGCCGCGCAGCCCCGCGCUGCCGCCCGAGCCCGCGGCGCGCGCCGGCCUGGCCGCCUCGCACUCCACCCUGCUGCUGGGCCCCGGGGGCCCCCCGACGCCGCUGCACGGGCUGCAGCCCCCGCCGGGCCUGCACGCCCACCACCACCACGGCCUGCACGGCUCGCCGCAGCCCACCUGGCUGGCGGACGCGGGCGGCGGCGGCGGCACGCUGGCGCGCAGGCCCCCCUUCCAGCGCCAGGGCACCCUGGAGCAGCUGCAGUUCAUCCCCGGCCACCACCUGCCGCAGCACUUGCGUACCGCCAGCAAGAACGAGGUGACAGUCUGAGGCCGGGGACACCCCCCCAGCCCAGCCGGGAUCCCCCAACACAGGCUCUCCCAGCCAGGGGCCUGGGUCCCUCCUCGAGGGCGGAGCUGCAGCU